AUGUCCAAAGAAUACAAACUCAAAGAUAUCUCCUCCUUCACAUCCCUCAACUCUCUAGACAAAAUCGAGGCUGAAAUAGAAGGAAUUGAAGAUGGGAAAGUUCUCCUCGUCAAGCUGGACGGCAUAGUCCAUGCCCUUAGUCCGCGGUGCACGCAUUAUGGAGCGCCACUGAAGAAUGGCGUCGUGACUGGAGAUGGAAGGCUUACAUGUCCCUGGCAUGGAGCCUGCUACAACGUCACAACUGGCGAUGUUGAGGAUGCCCCAGCCCCCAACGCGCUGAACAAGUUCGAAGUCUUCGAAAGAGAAGGUGGCGUGUACAUCAUUGCCAAAGAAGAAGAUGUAAAAGCAGGACAGCGCAAUCCAGUUGUGAAAUGUAGCGUGUCACAGCCGAAGGAGAGGUUGGUUGUUGUUGGAGGAGGAAGUGGAACUCUUGGCCUGAUUCAAGCCCUCCGGGAGCUAAAAUACCCCGGAUCAAUUACUAUCAUUUCCCAAGAGCCCGAUCUAAUCAUAGAUCGAACCAAGCUAUCUAAAGCCCUAAUCACAGACCCAGCGAAGAUCCAAUGGCGGCCACGAGAGUGGUACACCGAAGCCGCCAUAGAAACCAUCACAGAUGAAGUGACAGCCGUGGACUUCGAACAAAAAUCCAUCACCACCAGAUCCGGCCGAAACAUUUCUUACACAAAACUGGUUCUAGCAACAGGCGGUGUCCCCCGCAGACUCCCGCUACAGGGCUUCAAAGGCGAACUGAACAAUAUCUUUACCCUCCGCACAAUCCAAGACGUGGAGUCCAUCCUAGCAGCCGCCGGCCAAGAAAAAAGAAACGUAGUGGUGAUUGGCAGCUCCUUCAUCGGCAUGGAAGUCGGCAACGCACUCUCAAAAUCCCACAACGUGACAAUAGUAGGCAUGGAAACCUCCCCAAUGGAGCGCGUUAUGGGCACUCAAGUCGGCCGAAUCUUCCAAUCAAACCUAGAAAAGGCCGGCAUCAAAUUCAACCUCUCGGCAAACGUGAGCCACGCAACAGCGUCCCCUUCAAACACUCACAGCGUCGGUGCAGUUCACCUAAAAGACGGAACAACCCUCCCAGCCGACGUCGUCAUCCUAGGCGUCGGUGUCCGUCCAGCAACAGACUUCCUCCGUGAGAACAAAUCCGUUACCCUCGAAAAAGACGGCUCCAUCAAAACAACUUCCCACUUCCUCGUCCCAGGACUGCAAGACUCUGUCUUUGCAGUCGGUGAUAUAGCAACAUACCCCUACCACGGCCCUGGUGCUGAUGCUGCCGGCUCGCCAGUCCGUAUCGAGCACUGGAACGUCGCGCAGAAUGCGGGACGUGCGGCUGCACGCGCAAUCGUACAUGCGCAGCGCGGUCCGUUGUCGUCGUUGAAACACAAAGCGUUUAUUCCGGUGUUUUGGUCGGCGCUUGGGGCGCAGUUGAGGUACUGCGGAAAUCCAGUCAACGGGUAUGAUGAUGUUGUUUUGCAGGAGAAGGGGGAGGCAAAGUUUGUUGCCUUUUAUACGGCUGGGGAGACCGUUGUGGCGGUUGCUACUAUGGGGGUUGAUCCGGUUAUGACCAAGUCUGCGGAGUUGAUGAGGGUUGGGAAGAUGCCUGGGAAGCGGGAGAUCGUUGGUGGUGUGGAUGUUUUGGCGGUCAAGAUUUGA